ACGCACGCCACUACAAUAACAGAAGAAGCCAUGUUUUAUCGGGUGUCACGUAUUAUUUUGUGUCUCUCUAUUAUUUUCAAUAUUUCGUGUAGCAACAUCGUCGAAACUCUUCUAAACAAAGAAAAUGACAAACUGGGGGACACCGCAGCGAUGCAAAUGUGCAUUGACAGUUUCGAUAUUUAUAAGAAUAAAAUCAUAAGGACACAGGAUUCACAGGGCUUGGGAGCCAAGUAUCUGAACGAGGUUGAUCUCGGUUCGAGGGAAGAUUGUUUACGACUGUGCUGUGAAACUGAUGAGUGCGAUGUUUUUAUUUUUGAAGAAAAGAAACCAGGAAGUUGCUAUCUCUUCCAUUGUGGAAGACCGCAUGACUUCAAAUGUAAAUUCACCAGUCAUGCUAACUACAGCAGUGCUGUACUCAUGAAUAUCAAUUAUCGUGGUACAGCUCAAUUGGAAGAACAAAUUAGAAGAACACAGCAAGAGCAUGAGCUGAAGUCACUGAGAAAAUUAUCUGAGCCAGCUCCAUUGGAAUACGCGUAUACGGAAGCUCCCGCAAUUCCAGUCACACAACCACCCAAAAGUAUAGUCCCCACAACCCCUGCGCCAAUUAAAACUGGAUGCAGUAGGAAUCAGUACGAAUGUAGAAGUUCAGGAGAUUGCAUAGCAAUAUACAAUGUGUGUGAUGGAAUUCCGCAAUGUGGCGACGGCUCGGACGAGGCUUCGGAUCUUGGUUGUCCAACGGAGAAACCAACCUUGCCGUCAGCCCCGAUAAUCCACGAAGCUCUAAUUCCCCACAAUCCACAAAUUCUCAACAAAUAUCCACCGAAUCUGCCUCAUCGAAAAAAUUAUCCACCCAUUUACACCAACGAACGUGACAAUCCUCCGAAAUUAUGGCAAGCCUCAAAUUUACCACACCAAAUAGAUCCCCAACAACAAACGAACGUUCAAUAUCCUGGACCCCAAGGGAUCAUGACGAUUCCACAAAUUAAUUAUGGCCCUCAGGGCUACAUCGGUGGAUGGGAUUAUCGACAAAUGUACGAACAAAACAAGGAAAAUUUGAACCUCCCCAAUCAGCCGCAUCCACUGAAUGAGUUGCCACGUUACGAACAAAAUCAGCCCCAUAUUUUCAAGCACAAGAGUCCUGGGGUCGUCGUAGAAAACGCUGGACCCGAGGGGAACACUUACAUUGACACUAAUCGAGCGUACGGCUCUUACUAUCCCUUGCAAAAUCAUGGACCAUGGCGAGAAGGACAACCGCAAAUUCCACUUGUACAGACAGAAGCUGCGGUCACUAUUGCUCCGAAAUCACAAAAAAAUCCGCCCGCAAUCAUCAAAGAAGAACCGAAAACGACCGUUGGACCAGAGCCUUGCAAACCAUCGUCGAAACAAGAGAGCGAUGAAUCGAAGAAAAUCUCAAAGGUCCCGGAGUCAAAAGAGCAAGAAACCGAAAAAGCAAAACCCAUCGAAAAGCCUAAAAAUCAGGAGCACAUUUCGAAACCCGAAAAUCAUGAGCAGGGAUCAAAAACGAUAACAAAAGUGGAGAAGCCACGAGAUCAUGAGAACCGAAAAAAAAUUCACGAGGAACACAAAACCGAAGUGAGGAGUCAUCAUUUCGUGGCUGAACAUCUCCAACAGAAUAAUCAUAAAUUCGAUAAUGACGUACUUCGACCGAAAGGAGCCGUUAUUUCAUUAGCACUGGGAUUGACAGCGACUGCGAUAAUGGCAGCCCUAAUCGCGUGCAGAUUGAGAGUAGUUAGAAAACGCGGGCGUCGCGGACAUGGUCCUUACGCUCACGAUGCCGAUUAUCUAGUCAAUGGAAUGUAUUUAUAAAAAAACCAAGUUUAAAUAAAAUUUAACUGAAUUCGAAACAAAAA